GUAUGUUUUGAAAAGUCGUGUAGAGUCGCGUCAAAACAUGUCGGAUGUAUCGCGAUGUGCUAUCUCGCGUCAUUUGAGACGUCCGGUAUACAUGAUGAACGUUAUUGGAUGUCAACAGAUUGAAACAGAAAUGUGAUAAUUGUGUACAACACGUGAACGCUUUUAUGUUAAUUACAUACUGCUAAUUAAACGAAUUCACACAUAAUUCGGCAGAGUCUGCUUGUUGAACGAUCAACCGCGAUGGCAUCGAGCAGGAGUACGAGAGAAGUUCUGUUAUCGCUGGUGGACGAUAUUGAAUUAAUAGCGAAGGAGAUGAUAGAAAACACAAUCGCUCAGAAACCUGCGAAACUUUCGAGCAUGGAGCACGCUCAGUUAACUGAAUUGCUGGUCGCCAAAGAUAACGAGUUAAAGGCGACGCUGAAACGGGCCGCCGAGCAAGCAAAGAUCAACCUGAAGAUGGAGGCGCUGAAGGCCGAGGUAGAGAGGCAGGACCAGGAUAUUCAGCAGCUGCAGCGACAGUUGAAAGAAGCGGAGCAGAUCCUGGCUACGGCGAUUUAUCAAGCGAAACAGAAAUUGCAGUCUAUUGCACGUGCCAAUAAGAGACCGGUACCCUCGGAGGAGCUUAUUAAGUACGCACACAGAAUAAGCGCAACUAAUGCCAUUUGCGCGCCGUUAACGUGGCAGCAGGGAGAUCCCAGAAGGCCGUAUCCCACAGACAUGGAAAUGAGAUCAGGGUACCUGGGACGAUUGAGUGACCUACCUUUAAAUGGGCAGGUGCUCGGGUCUCAUCCAGGAAUACCGUCCGAUCUACAUAGAGCAGGACAUCCUGCUGGAGAACCACCCGUUUCGCAAUCAAAUCAAUUUGCCUGGCAUCCGUCGGGAGAGAUUCAUAUGUCGGUCGGCGGACAGGGUAGUGUGGCUGUGAAUACACAUAAACAAGAAACAGAAGACGUCGAAGUUAUGUCCACGGAUUCUUCGAGUAGUUCGUCUAGUGAUUCUCAGUAAAUAUAAGUAUAUUAUUGUAUAUACCGUGUGUACAUUAAUAUUAUUGUACACACGAUAUAUGCAUGUGUUAGAAGUGCAUAAGAUAUUUUCUCAAUAAAAUUGAGACUUUUUUUAAUCAUCUGUAUGAAAUGUAAUUUACGGAUGUAUAUUGUGUAUUGUGACGUGAUGCCUUUAGUCAUCUGGUCACAUCUGAUUGCAAAUCUGUGGAAACGAGAUUUGAACCCGUACUCUGUCAGUUCAGGAAAAACCAUUUCUACAGUCACAUUAUAGAUUACUCUUCUUUUUUUUAUUAGCGUAUUCGAUGAUCAUCGUAAGCUAACAAUUCGUUUAUCGAAAAAAAUCUCAUCCGGCCGAUGGAAUGUAGAGAAUUGAUGUAACAACAAGGAAAUUAUGAAAAGAGUAUCCACGUUGUGUCGACUCUUUUUUCGCUUUCACCCGCAUUUGGUUCAAAUAGGUACUACUGUUGACUCAUUAAUUAUUUUAUAGCAUGGAAUAUAAUCACAGAGAUACAUGUAUCGAAUAGUAUUAGUUAGAAAAAAAUUAUUCAUAUAUGUUAAAAUCAUUUUUCUAAAAUAUAUGUGUAAAAUAA